AUGUGGAAUGUAAGUGAUUAUGUCGAUGAUGAUACCCACGCUGUUGUCGUUGUUUAUGAUGAAAUUAUAUCUCUAACUGUGAAGUUUUGGGUAUAUCUCCUUGUUCUCAUUCCUUCAAUAAUCUGCUCAUUGAUUUGUCUUGGCCAUGUUAUUUUCAAUCGAGUUGUACGUAUUACUCUUCAUAAUCAUGUGAUCGCUGUUGUUCUACUCAUUGGCUUAUUUAAUACAGUAACCAUAUAUCCAUGGAUGUUAUUCUUCUUUCGUCAUCAAGGCGUUUGGUAUCGCUCAGCGAUCUUUUGCAUGAUCUGGGCAUUUAUUGAUUGGGGUUUAUACUUUACUCAGACGAUGCUUUUUGCAUGGGCGACAAUAGAACGACAUAUUUUAAUCUUUCAUUCGAACUGGUUGGCAACUAAACAAAACCGAUUCCUCCUACAUUACUUACCUCUCCUUUUACUUCUAAUCUAUUGUUUGACUUUCUAUAUUAUUGUUAGUUUCUUUCCGUUUUGUCAAAACCAGUUCGAUGAUACGUACAUGAUAUGCGCUGCACUUUGUUUUACUGACACUUAUGGAUUGUAUAUGUGGGAUGCAGUAGUUCAUCAAGUCUUACCGAAUGUGAUCAUCGUUGUAUGCAGUAUGGGUUUACUAAUACGAGUUGUCUAUAGAAAAUAUCCUAUGCGUCGGUUAUUGUAUGCGAGGAAAUAUCGGAAAAUGACCAUUCAACUGUUGUCAUUCUCACUUUUAUACCUUCUGUUCGACUUUCCACUAUCGUUAAUGAAUUUGAUGUACUUAUGCGGAUUAGCACCUGAUGUGAGUACAACAUUCUACGAAUAUUUAUUGUUCUUCAACUAUUUAAUGAUUCCGAUGUUGCCAUUUGCAUGUAUCAUAAGCACACCUGGACUCAAACUCAAAGUGAAAACAUUUAUUUCUUAA